CAUUUAUGGUCAGCGACCUAUCUCUCUUUGGUUGCCACAAAACAUGAUUUCCAAGACAUUUGCUGCUCCGUGAUUCCUGGCCCGACUUUACAGCAGGGGCCAGAUUGUUCUAAAGGGAAUUUACAACUUCUGCUGUGGUAAUGGCUAGUUGGGAACAUUGACACUGAGAAAACAUGCCAAGACUGCACCAGAGGCGAAUGUCCAUAGAAACCGACAAAGUGUCGGUCAAUGUCCAUCGGUUAAAACACCGACGGAUGUCCGUGGAGACGGAAAAAGUGGAAAUUGACGUGAAGCAUCUUCAUCCGCGUCGAAAAUCGGUAGAGGCGGAAAAAGUGGAAAAUGAUCUGCAUCGAUUGAAACACAGGCGAAUGUCAGUGGAGACCGAGAGUCCGUCUUUGCUGGGUUAUCUCCACCGGCGGCGGUGGUCGUGGGAUACUAUACACCACAUCAGUGACACCCUCCACCUGACCCUGAAGGGUAAGCGGCGGUCCACUCUGCCGGAGGAGGGUAUAGAGUGUGAGGGAGAGGAGACACAUCAUGGGAGGUUCCACCACUUCACGCGGUCUGUGUCAAUGACGCUGAGGAAAAAGAAAACGCCCGUACCUGCACUGGCUAUUGUGGAGUUUGAAAAUGGAAAUGUCAAACUGGUAAGGGAGUUAUUGAAUCAUUUGACAUUUUUCUUUUAUUUUUGA